UGACACAUGUCAGACAUUUUAAGUUUUUUCCAUUACUAACCUUAAAAAUAAAAAAAACGAGUUUUUGAGAAUAAUUCUAUAAUAAUGGCCUUAAUUAGUGCGAGAAGCUUUUUAAAAUGUGGUCAAUCAUUGGCAGAUUCUAUAUUUUUUAAUUCCAGGAAUAUCGCUGUCUCUUCGAGUAGAAAUAGCACUGCAACGCCAAUUGAAACGAAAUCAGAAGGCGGAGAAGCAGCAAAAGCUGAAAGUAACCCAGUAAUUGAAGAUUUGAACAAACAAAUUUCCGAACUAACCACUCAAAAAGAGGAACUUUUGGAUAAGUACAAAAGAGCUUUGGCGGACGGUGAAAAUUUGAGAAACAGAUUAACGAAACAAAUAUCAGAAGCAAAAAUUUAUGGCAUCCAAGGUUUCUGUAAAGAUCUCUUGGAUGUCGCUGAUGUGUUGAACAAAGCCACUGAAACUGUACCAAAGGAGGAACUUAAGAAUAAUUCUCAUUUAAAAAGUUUAUACGAAGGUUUGACCAUGACUGAGGCGCAAUUACUGAGUGUAUUUAAAAGGCACGGGUUAGAAAAAGUUAACCCAGUGGAUGAGAAAUUCAACCCUAAUUUCCACGAAGCGCUUUUCUCACAGGAAGUACAAGGUAAAGCAUCUGGUACAGUCAUUACCGUAUCAAAAAUUGGUUAUAAAUUACACGAAAGAGUGAUUAGACCUGCAUUAGUCGGGGUAGCAAAAUGAAAUAAUCUCAGUUCUUGAAUUUUAAUAAAAAAAAAAUGUUGAUACUGGUUUAAUUGUGAUGUAGAUUAUUUCACAAAGAUGGUGCAGAUUUUUACUACUUAUUUGAAUCAUUUUUGUAAUAAAAUUGUAUUAAAGGUUAAUUAUAUUU